CAGCCCGACUGGGCGGGGCGGCGCGGGGCGGGGCGGUACAAAAGGCGAUCCCGCCCCCGGGCUCCUCACUUGACUUUGAGUGUCCAGCUGUCGCAGGAACCGCGAGGCGGAGGUGGUGGGGCAGCCCGGACCCAGACCACACCCCUCACCAGGAGGCACCAUGUGGCGAUGUCCAGCGGGGCCGCUGCUGUCGCUGCUGCUGGCGGGCGAGCUGGCUCUGGGUGCCCAGCGGGGUCGUUGGCGCCGGGAGCUAGCACCGGCACUGCACCUGCGGGGCAUCCGGGAUGCGGGAGGCAGGUACUGCCAGGAGCAGGACCUGUGCUGCCGCGGCCGCGCUGAUGACUGCGCCCUGCCUUACCUGGGCGCUACCUGUUACUGUGACCUCUUCUGCAACCGCACCGUCUCCGACUGCUGCCCUGACUUCUGGGACUUCUGCCUCGGCGUGCCACCCCCUUUUCCCCCCAUCCAAGGAUGUAUGCAUGGGGGUCGCAUCUAUCCAGUCUGGGGAACCUACUGGGACAACUGUAACCGUUGCACCUGCCAGGAGAAAGGGCAGUGGGAGUGUGACCAGGAGCCAUGCCUGGUGGACCAAGAUAUGAUCAACGCCAUCAACCAAGGCAACUACGGGUGGUGGGCUGGGAACCACAGCGCCUUCUGGGGCAUGACCCUGAAUGAGGGCAUUCGCUACCGCCUGGGCACCAUCCGCCCAUCUCCCUCCGUCUCCAACAUGAAUGAGAUUCACACAGUGCUGGGCCCAGGAGAGGUGCUACCCACAGCCUUUGAGGCCUCGGAGAAGUGGCCCAACCUGAUCCAUGAGCCUCUGGACCAGGGCAACUGUGCAGGCUCCUGGGCCUUCUCCACAGCAGCCGUGGCAUCUGAUCGUGUCUCAAUCCAUUCUCUGGGCCACAUGACACCUGUCCUGUCACCCCAGAACCUGCUGUCUUGUGACACGCACAACCAGCAGGGCUGCCAUGGUGGACGUCUCGAUGGUGCCUGGUGGUUCCUGCGACGUCGAGGGGUUGUGUCUGACCACUGCUACCCAUUCUCGGGCCGUGAGCAGAACGAGGCUGGCCAGGCGCCCCGCUGCAUGAUGCACAGCCGGGCCGUGGGCCGGGGCAAGCGCCAGGCCACUGCCCGCUGUCCCAAUAGCCAUGUCCAUGACAAUGACAUCUACCAGGUCACUCCUGCCUACCGCCUUGGUACCAGUGAGAAGGAGAUCAUGAAGGAGCUGAUGGAGAAUGGCCCUGUCCAAGCCCUCAUGGAGGUGCACGAGGACUUCUUCCUGUACCAAGGAGGCAUCUACAGACACACACCAGUGAGCCUUGGGAGGCCAGAGCGAUACCGCAGGCAUGGGACCCACUCGGUCAAGAUCACAGGGUGGGGAGAGGAGACGCUGCCCGAUGGAAGGACGCUCAAAUACUGGACCGCGGCCAACUCUUGGGGCCCAGCCUGGGGCGAGAGGGGCCACUUCCGCAUCGUGCGCGGUGCCAACGAGUGCGACAUCGAGAGCUUCGUGCUGGGCGUCUGGGGCCGCGUGGGCAUGGAGGACAUGGGUCACCACUGAGGCGGCGGGCACCACGCCGGCCGCCGGCGGAAAUGCCCGCUGUGGGCUGCACCUCCCACUCCGCCCCGCCCGACGGAGCUCCCGGCGCGGGCGGGCGCCACGGGGUUAAUCCAAGCGGUUCCGCUGACGCAGCGCCCGGCCUGGGAGCCGCGGGCGGGCGAGGCUGGUGGAGCCCCCAGACCUCCCAGCGGGGACGGGACAGGGGCCUGGCCGCGAGGAGAGGGCCUGCAGAUCCCAGGCCCCCCAGCACCCCACGCAAGACCACGGAAGCCAGGACACCCCCAAGUCUCCAGCCCCACUACCCCACCCCAUCCCUGUACUCUUAUUCUUAAAAGAUAUUUAUUUUUCUUCUCACUGUUUUAAAAUAAAACCAAAGAAUUGAUAACUGUA